AUGAGUGAAAAUCAUAAAAUGGGUUUCCUGGGCGCGGCUUCGUAUGUGGUGGGGAAUAUUAUCGGAUCAGGGAUAUUUAUCACACCAGCAUCAAUACUCAGAGCAACCGAGAGUGUCGGCCUUUCACUCAUCAUUUGGAUCGCCUGUGCAGCUAUUGCUAUCCUUGGCUCCCUUGUCUACAUCGAAUUGGGCACAUCGAUUCGUGAGGCCGGCUGUGAUUUCGCCUAUAUUUGCUAUGUGAAAUGGUAUUCUAUAGCUUUUUCCUUUAUGUGGGUGUCCGUUUUGAUGACCUACCCGUGUACGGUGGCGAUUUGCGUCGAAACUUUUGGGCAAUACAUCGUUGAAGGGCUGAAACAGGCUUACGAUAUCGAUCCGGAAUGGGCUCCAAUUUGCCAAAAAUUGUUCGGCUUCAGUCUUCUUUUUCUUGUCACUUGGAUGAAUUUCUUCUCGCUGAGCAAAUUUGCGGCCAGAUUCCAAAUCUUUGCCACUUUUGCCAAGCUCGCUAGUUGCUUGCUGAUCAUCGCAACAGGAAUGUACUAUUGGUUUUGGAAAGGCUGGAAUGAAAAUCUACAGGAUCCGAUGAAAGGAUCAAAUUUUCGAUUGGGCGAUUUGAUCAUGGGAUUCUAUGGUGGACUUUGGGCGUAUUCUGGAUGGGAUGUGUUGAAUUAUGGAUCGGGAGAGAUCAAGAACCCCAGGAAAAACGUUCCAAUGGCUCUUUUGGGUGGAAUCGCUACAGUCACUUCAGUCUAUGUCCUUAUCAAUAUUGCCUAUUUUGUGGUACUCGAUGUGGAAACGGUGAAAAGCAGUAAUGCCGUUGCUGCGCUUUUCGCCCAGGCCACUCUCGGUCCAUUUGCUUACUCGAUUCCUUUUUUGAUCGGUGUACUACUCGUCGGAUCGAUCAAUAGCAAUUUGUUCUCGGGAUCAAGAUACAUGUAUGCGGCAGCUCGACAAGGCCAACUCCCGGCUUGUUUCAGCUGUGUGAAUACGGAGACCGACAGUCCGAGAGUUGCCGUUUUUGCACAGUCAGCCCUUGCGAUGGCGAUCUGCUUUGUGGGAGAUCUAGAUGCAUUACUCGGUUACGCGAUGUUCGGCUUUUGGGCUCAGCGAAUCUUCACCCUUGCCGCUUUGUUAAUGAUUCGAAAGAAGAGGAUUCCCGUUCAUCCGGAUGCCAUUCGAAUGCCGAUUUCUAUCCACGUUCUCUUCCUUGCCAUCACGAUAGCCCUCGUUGUGAUACCGAUCUUCCAGGAGUUCACUGUGACAGCUCUUGGCCUUGGGAUUUGCGGUUUCGGAUUCGUUCUCUAUCAUUUGUUUUUGACAAGAAAGAUGAUGCCGAGAUGCUUUAUGGAAUGGAAUGAAAAGACAACUCGAUGGGCUUGUAUUGUUUUCGAUUGCCUACCCGAUCUAAAAGCUGGCACAACUCUUUUGGCUUCCGAUUCUUCACAAUUAUUGUUGACGAGAAUAUCGUCGACGACAAGAUUAUCCGAUGACAGUGUCCCGGAUCUGCACUCAGAUGAGAAAAAUACGAUGAGACGAAUCGGAUCAUCACAAGGAUUAAGGAUGAUCAUUCCAUCUACUCUCGUUGAUCUAAUAGUCCCAUCGGAGACG